CACACUCACACUCCUUCUUUUAAUUAAUUUACCUUUCCACCUGGACAGCUCUCGGUUCACUAUACUCAAAAUGAAGUCCUUUACUAUCUUGACUGCUCUCCUCUCUCUUGCGGUAGCCGCUCCCACAGAUUCUUCCUUGGUUCUUCGUGGAGACAAAGCUUGCCCUGCUAUCCAGCGCAUCGCUCCCACUGGCCAACUUCCUCCUAAGGCACUUAGCCCGACCUUCCUCCAAGUAGUCUCCAAGAAAAACCCCAACAAAGCCGUUCCGGCCGGACAAAAGGCCGAGGUCACCCCUGGUGACAAGUGCACUCUGACUAGGUUUGACAUUCCCGCCUGGGCCAAGAACAACACAUGCAGCCUUGUUCUCAUGCUCGGCGGAUGCGGCUCCAAGCAAUCGGAGAAAGGGCCCGGCAACAUCAUCUUCCAAGGCAACACCGGUGUUUCUUUCCCUAUCCCUGGCCAAACCACCUUCAACAACCAGCCGGUACUAGCUCCUCCCUUUAAGGAUGCUCCUCAGAUCAAACUCGGCAAUGCCUACCGUCUUGGUGGUGGCCCAUGCGACUACAAAGAGGGCCAGGCUUUUGCUAGCGUUGGUGGAAGCAUUUGCAGUGACGACACGACCUUGAAGUUUACUCAGGAUAACGGAGGCAAUGGAGAGUGCCCUGUUGGGUUUCACAUUAUUAUCUCUUGAACAUGUUUCCUAAUGUUUAAAGUUAUCAGCAGGGAGAGAAGAGUGUCAAUCAGGUUAGCAGUUGUACUGCCGCUUUUAGGGUGUUUACAUAGGUAGCCAUGUAAGAGUUAAAUUUUGACCUCCUGGCUUCGCUUUGUUUAUUGCCGCCUUCAGCGCACUCUUCUUAUAACUAUUUUACAAGGCUUGUGUGAGCCUUUUUCGUUAAGAACAAUUCCUCGUACCUCGAGAGGUCUCUGAGAAAGAAGAUUCGAAGAAGGAAAAGCCCUGUUUUCGGAUAGGGAUCUUCGAGAGUUUGUAGUAUCUUCAUCACACGGUGUUCUUCGAUCGCCUCUUACGUAUAGAGUUUAAUACCAUGCGCUGCA